AUGAGUGUUAAAGACGAAAUCCCAGCUAUCUUCCUCGACAAAAUUUCCCCCAAGGGACUUGAGUACAUCCAAAAGACCAAGGACUUUGUCAAUGACUGGUGUAUUCCUGCCGACCAGCUCUAUCACGACCAAAUCUCACUCGAACCAUCCAAGAGAUGGAAAAGCACUCCCGAGGUCACUGGGAAAUUGAAGGCCAAGGCCAAAGAAUUGGGCCUCUGGAAUAUGUUCUUGUCCAAGCACUAUCCCGAGGGCCCAGGGUUCACCAACUUGGAAUAUGGUCUUAUGGCUGGCUACUUGGGCCGCUCGUUCUGCGCUCCAGAAGCCACCAACACUAACGCUCCAGAUACGGGAAAUAUGGAGCUUCUUGCCAAGUACGGUACUCCCUGGCAUAAGGAAAAGUACCUCAAGCCUUUAUUGAAUGGAGAUAUCAGAUCUGCCUUCUUGAUGACCGAGAGAGGUACUUCGUCUUCCAAUGCGUUGAACAUCUCUUGUUCGGCUAAGAAAAACGCCAAGGGUAACUACGUCAUCAAUGGGCUCAAAUGGUUUGCUUCUGGUGCUGGUGACCCCAGAACCACCGUGUGGUUAGUGAUGUGCAAGACCGACGACAAUCCAGAUGCACCAUACCGCAACCAUACCGUCUUAGUAUUGGAUGCCAAAAAGGCUUUGGCUUCUGGCAGAGCUAAAAACCUCAGACCUUUGGAUGUGUUUGGAUACGACGACGCACCACACGGACACUGUGAAAUUGAAUUCAACGACUACGAGGUGGAUGCUGAGGAAAUGAAAAAUGUGGUUUUGGCUGACGUUGGCAGGGGUUUUGAGUUGAUCCAGUCCCGUUUGGGCCCUGGAAGAAUCCAUCACUGUAUGAGACUCAUUGGUGCUGGUGAGUUUGCGUUGAUCAGAGUCCAGCACAGAGCCAACCAUAGAAUGAUCUUUGGUAAACCUUUGAUGCGUUGGGAGUCCUAUCUUAACCAGUUUGCCCAGUUCAAGAUUGAUAUCCAAAAGUGCCGAUUAUUAGUGUUGAAUGCAGCACACAAGAUCGACAUUUCCGACGCCAAGGGUGCUCAACAGGAAAUCGCCAUGGCGAAGAUAGAAACCCCAAGAACCAUCUUGAAGGUGCUCGAUUGGGGUAUCCAGAUGUUUGGUGCCGAGGGUGUCUCUAACGAUGUCGAGCUUGCUAGAAUGUACGCCCAUGCCAGAACUUUGAGAAUUGCUGACGGUCCAGAUGAGGCCCAUUUAGGCCAAUUGGCUAGACAAGAGAUGAAAAAAUAUAAGGAGGCCGAUAAAUUCUUUGAGAGACAUGCUGCUCAACAAGCCAAGAUUGCCAAAUUGUGA